UCGGCCCGGACGCCGAGGCUUCUCUCCCCCUCGCCCUUUUCGCUCGCAGUUUGGGAGGAGGAGACAGCGAGAGAAAAGCGAGAGGGGGCGACGAGAGAGGGGCUUGGCUGUGCGUCGGCGUCGGCUGUGAUGGGGAGCUGGGAGCAGCCAGGCGGCGAGCAGUAGCGGCGGCGGCGGCAGCACGGAGCAGACAUGAGAGCCAGGCGCUGCUCCCGGCAGGCUGCGCUGUGAUCUGGGCUGCGGAUUGGGAUCUCGCGCCCCGUCCCCCUCCUCCCGCUGCCGUUCUCCUCCUCCCGGCUUCCCCCGCUCUGCCUGCGAGCCUCCGAACGCCGAGCGCCUCUGCCCGCGGCUCCAGUCCGGCAGAGCGCGCGGCGUGCACUGCGGCGGCGGCGGCCGAGCGGCCAGCUAGUCCUGGGCUGGAGCGCUCGGAGAGGAAGACCACGGAGGCUGCGCCUGGUGGAGCCGUGGAUCGCCAGCGAAAGCAAGGGAUGGAGGUAUGAUGCGAUGGAUAUAACUAUGGGAUACUGUGUGGGUACAAGGCCUCCCCCUUCUUGCCUCAUCCUCCUGCUUCUCAAGCUUCUGGCCACAGUGUCCCAGGGGCUGCCAGAGACCGGGCCCCUGGGCUUCCACUUCACUCACCCUGUGUACAAUGCUACCGUGUGUGAGAACUCAGCCGCAAGGACCUACGUCCACAGCCAGGGUAGGAUGGGCAUCACCUUAAUAGAUCUGUCGUGGGAUGUCAAAUACAGAAUUGUAUCUGGAGAUGAGGAAGGCUUCUUCAAAGCAGAGGAAGUCAUCAUUGCAGACUUCUGUUUCCUCAGAAUAAGAACUAAAGGUGGCAAUUCGGCCAUAUUGAAUCGGGAGAUUCAGGACAAUUAUUUAUUGAUAGUCAAAGGUUCUGUCAGAGGAGAGGAUCUGGAAGCAUGGACCAAAGUGAACAUACAGGUUUUAGAUAUGAAUGACCUGCGACCCUUGUUUUCACCCACAACAUACUCUGUUACAAUAGCAGAAAGCACCCCUUUAAGGACUAGUGUUGCCCAGGUGACUGCCACAGACGCUGAUAUAGGCUCCAAUGGAGAAUUCUACUACUACUUUAAAAACAAAGUUGAUCUCUUUUCAGUCCACCCCACAAGUGGUGUCAUCUCUUUAAGUGGGCGGUUAAAUUAUGAUGAAAAGAAUAGGUACGAUCUGGAGAUUUUGGCUGUGGACCGGGGGAUGAAACUCUAUGGAAACAACGGAGUGAGCAGUACUGCGAAGCUUUAUGUUCACAUUGAACGUGUAAAUGAACACGCCCCAACUCUCCAUGUGGUCACUCAUGUUCCUUUCUCGCUGGACAAAGAGCCGACAUACGCGGUGGUGACAGUCGAUGACCUAGAUGAAGGGGCCAAUGGAGAAAUUGAGUCUGUUUCCAUUGUGGCUGGGGAUCCUUUAGAUCAGUUCUUCCUGGCUAAGGAAGGCAGGUGGAUGAAUGAAUACAAGAUUAAGGAGAGAAAGAAGGUCGACUGGGGGAGUUUUCCUUAUGGCUACAACCUCACUCUUCAAGCAAAAGAUAAGGGGUCCCCCCAGAAAUUUUCAGCAGCGAAGAUUGUCCACAUUGCCAAUCCCCAAAGAGACACUGUCCCAGUUAGAUUUGAAAAAGAAACGUAUGAUGUGAGCAUUAGUGAAUUCUCCCCUCCUGGUGUCGUGGUUGCCAUAGUAAAAUUAAGUCCCGAACCGCUCGAUGUGGAAUACAGAUUAUCUCCUGGUGAGGAUGCACAGUACUUCAAAAUUAAUCCUCGGUCUGGCCUGAUUGUCACAGCACAGCCACUGAAUACUGUUAAGAAGGAGGUGUAUAAGCUGGGAGUGACAAACAAGGAAGGAGAUUUAAAAGCACAAGUCACCGUUGGCAUAGAAGAUGCGAAUGACCACACCCCAGAAUUUCAGCAGGCACUGUACGAUGCUUUUGUGAAUGAAAGCGUCCCAGUGGGCACAAGUGUUCUGAUGGUUUCAGCUUCUGAUAAGGAUAAAGGAGAAAAUGGGUACAUCACCUAUAGUAUUGCCAGUCUGAAUUUGUUACCAUUUGCCAUUAACCAGUUUACAGGUGUUAUUAGCACAACUGAAGAAUUGGAUUUUGAAUCCUCCCCAGAGACUUACAGGUUCAUCGUAAGAGCCUCCGACUGGGGCUCGCCAUACCGCCAUGAAAGUGAAGUAAAUGUGACUAUUCGAAUAGGAAAUGUCAAUGACAACAGCCCUCUCUUUGAGAAAGUGGCUUGCCAGGGAGUUAUUUCCUACGACUUUCCAGUCGGGGGUCACAUCACAGCUGUCUCUGCAAUUGAUAUUGAUGAACUUGAACUUGUAAAGUACAAAAUCAUCUCUGGAAAUGAACUUGGUUUCUUUUAUUUAAACCCAGACUCCGGGGUUUUACAGCUUAAAAAGUCGCUGAUGAAUUCUGGCAUCAAAAAUGGUAAUUUUGCCCUUAGGAUUACAGCAACCGAUGGAGAGAAUUUUGCGGACCCCAUAUCUGUUAACAUUUCAGUCCUACAUGGGAAGGUGUCUUCAAAGAGCUUUAGUUGCAGAGAAACUCGCGUGGCUCAAAAGCUGGCAGAGAAACUGCUCAUUAAGGCAAAAGCAAAUGGGAAACUCAACCUGGAAGACGGAUUUCUUGACUUUUAUUCAGUUAAUAGGCAAGGACCACAUUUUGACAAGUCAUUUCCUUCUGAUGUGGCUGUGAAGGAGAAUCUGCCUGUUGGUGCCGACAUCCUGAAGAUUAAAGCCUAUGACGCUGACUCUGGCUUCAAUGGAAAGGUGCUAUUUACAAUAUCUGACGGGAACACGGACAGUUGCUUUAAUAUCGACAUGGAGACUGGGCAACUUAAAGUCCUUCUGCCAAUGGACCGAGAGCACACAGACCUCUAUCUCCUUAAUAUCACCAUCUAUGACUUAGGCAAUCCACAAAAAUCUUCAUGGAGGUUGCUGACCAUCAAUGUGGAGGAUGCAAAUGACAACAGCCCAAUUUUUCUCCAAGACAGUUACUCAGUUAACAUUCUUGAAAGUUCAAGUAUUGGAACUGAGAUAAUUCAAGUGGAAGCCAGAGACAAAGACUUGGGUUCUAAUGGGGAAGUAACUUACUCAGUGUUGACAGAUACACAGCAGUUUGCUAUCAACAGCUCAACUGGAAUUGUCUAUGUAGCCGACCAGUUGGACCGGGAAUCUAAAGCAAACUACUCUUUAAAAAUAGAAGCUCGAGACAGGGCAGAAAGUGGCCAGCAGCUGUUUUCCGUUGUCACCCUUAAGGUUUUUUUGGAUGAUGUCAAUGACUGUUCCCCGGCUUUCAUUCCCAGUAGCUAUAGUGUGAAGGUUCUGGAAGAUCUCCCUGUUGGCACUGUCAUUGCUUGGCUGGAGACCCAUGAUCCGGAUCUUGGGCUAGGGGGUCAAGUGCGCUAUUCUUUGGUCAAUGACUAUAAUGGGAGAUUUGAAAUAGAUAAAGCAAGUGGUGCCAUUCGCUUGAGCAAAGAGCUGGACUAUGAAAAGCAACAAUUCUAUAACCUCACCGUUCGGGCCAAAGACAAAGGGCGACCGGUCUCUCUGUCUUCUGUUUCCUUUGUUGAGGUGGAGGUGGUGGAUGUCAAUGAAAACCUCCACACUCCCUACUUCCCAGACUUUGCUGUCGUUGGAUCUGUAAAAGAAAACUCACGCAUUGGAACAAGUGUGCUGCAGGUGGCUGCCCAAGAUGACGACUCUGGGAGGGAUGGAGAGAUCCAGUACUCCAUCAGGGAUGGCAGUGGUCUCGGAAGGUUCAAUAUAGAUGACGAGAGUGGAGUCAUCUCUACUGCAGACAUUCUUGAUCGAGAGACAACGGGGUCCUACUGGCUGACCGUGUACGCCACAGACCGGGGCGUUGUUCCACUUUAUUCCACGAUUGAGGUCUACAUUGAAAUUGAAGAUGUGAAUGACAAUGCCCCCCUGACCUCGGAACCUAUUUAUUAUCCUGUUGUCAUGGAAAACUCGCCAAAGGAUGUAUCUGUCAUUCAGAUCCAGGCUGAGGAUCCAGACUCCAGUUCCAAUGAGAAACUGACAUACAGGAUUACAAGUGGGAAUCCCCAGAACUUCUUUGCCAUCAAUACCAAAACAGGUCUGAUUACAACAACUUCAAGGAAAUUGGAUCGAGAACAGCAGGCAGAACAUUUUCUGGAGGUGACUGUGACAGAUGGCGGUUCCUCUCCAAAACAGUCCACAAUUUGGGUGGUGGUUCAGGUUUUGGAUGAAAAUGACAAUAAACCCCAGUUCCCAGAGAAGGUCUACCAGAUCAAGCUGCCAGAACGUGACCGAAAAAAAAGGGGAGAACCCAUUUAUAGGGCUUUUGCAUUUGACAGAGAUGAAGGCCCCAAUGCAGAAAUCUCCUACAGUAUCGUGGAUGGGAAUGAUGAUGGAAAGUUUUUUAUUGACCCUAAAACUGGCAUGGUUUCUUCCAGAAAGCAGUUUACAGCAGGGAGUUAUGACAUCCUAACGAUAAAGGCAGUGGACAAUGGGCGCCCACAGAAAUCUUCCACGGCCCGCCUCCACAUUGAAUGGAUUAAGAAACCACCCCCUUCACCUAUACCGCUGACUUUUGACGAGCCGUUUUAUAACUUCACAGUCAUGGAAAGCGAUAGAGUCACCGAGAUUGUAGGGGUGGUGUCUGUGCAGCCCGCUAACACCCCUCUGUGGUUUGACAUAGUUGGUGGCAAGCAUGCUCGAGAGAUGUUCUAUAUUCUACAGACAGCUUGUGGGCAGAACUGUUCAACAGAAGGGGGGAAUUUUGACAGCUCUUUUGACGCAGAGAAGGGUGUUGGGACCAUUGUCAUUGCAAAACCUUUGGAUGCAGAACAGAGGUCCAUCUAUAAUAUGAGUGUGGAAGUCACCGAUGGGACAAAUGUUGCUGUCACUCAGGUAUUUAUCAAAGUGCUGGAUAAUAACGAUAAUGGACCAGAAUUCUCUCAGCCGAAUUACGAUGUCACAAUCUCUGAAGACGUGCUUCCAGAUACAGAGAUCUUGCAGAUUGAAGCCACAGAUAGAGACGAGAAGCACAAACUGAGCUACACUGUCCACAGUAGCAUCGACUCGGCCAGCAUGAGGAAAUUUCGGAUUGACCCUAGCACUGGCGUGCUCUACACUGCUGAGAGGCUGGACCACGAGGCCCAGGACAAGCAUAUCCUCAACAUCAUGGUCAGAGAUCAGGAGUUUCCUUAUCGAAGAAACUUGGCCCGAGUCAUUGUGAAUGUGGAAGAUGCUAAUGAUCACAGUCCCUAUUUCACCAGCCCACUGUAUGAAGCGUCUGUGUUUGAAUCGGCUGCUCUGGGAUCAGCUGUUCUGCAAGUGACCGCCCUGGACAAAGACAAAGGGGAAAAUGCAGAACUCAUAUAUACCAUAGAAGCAGGGAACACUGGGAACACAUUUAAGAUCGAACCAGUCCUGGGCAUCAUCACCGUUUCCAAAGAACCAGACAUGACAACAACGGGUCAGUUUGUCCUGUCGGUCAAAGUCACAGACCAGGGUUCCCCGCCAAUGUCUGCCACUGCAAUUGUGCGCAUUUCUGUUACCAUGUCUGAUAAUUCUCACCCCAAGUUCACUCACAAAGACUACCAAGCAGAAGUAAAUGAAAAUGUUGAUAUUGGAACAUCAGUCAUUCUAAUCGCUGCCAUCAGUCAAUCUACCCUCAUUUAUGAAGUCAAAGAUGGAAACGUUGAUGGGAUCUUUACCAUAAAUCCAUAUUCUGGAGUCAUCACCACCCGGAAGGCACUGGAUUACGAGCGUACUUCCUCCUACCAGCUCAUCGUUCAGGCCACUAACAUGGCAGGCAUGGCUUCCAAUGCCACAGUCAAUAUUCAGAUCGUUGAUGAAAAUGAUAAUGCCCCAGUUUUUCUCUUUUCUCAAUAUUCAGGCAGUCUGAGUGAAGCUGCCCCAGUCAAUAGCAUUGUCAGGAGCUCGGAUAAUAGCCCACUGGUGAUUCGAGCCACUGAUGCCGACAGCAACCGGAAUGCUCUGCUGGUGUAUCAGAUUGUGGAGUCCACGGCCAAGAAGUUCUUUACAGUGGACUCCAGUACAGGUGCAAUCAGAACAAUUGCCAACCUGGACCAUGAAACUAUUGCCCAUUUCCAUUUCCAUGUCCACGUGAGAGAUAGUGGCAGCCCCCAGCUGACGGCAGAGAGUCCUGUUGAAGUCAACAUAGAGGUAACGGAUGUGAAUGAUAACCCACCUGUUUUCACCCAGGCUGUGUUUGAGACUGUCUUACUUCUACCCACCUACGUUGGAGUGGAGGUUCUGAAAGUUAGUGCCACGGAUCCUGACUCCGAGGUGCCCCCGGAACUGACAUAUAGCCUAAUGGAAGGUAGCUUUGAUCAUUUCUUGAUUGACUCAAAUAGUGGAGUGCUCACCAUAAAAAACAACAGCCUCUCCAAAGAUCACUACAUGUUGAUAGCUAAAGUGUCCGAUGGAAAGUUCUACAGUACAUCCAUGGUCACCAUCCUGGUUAAAGAAGCCAUGGAUAGCGGCCUCCACUUUACACAAAGCUUUUACUCGACCUCAAUUUCAGAGAACAACACUAACAUAACCAAAGUUGCUAUUGUCAAUGCCAUUGGAAAUCGCCUUAAUGAGCCGUUAAAAUACAGCAUCUUAAACCCAGGAAAUAAGUUCAAGAUAAAAUCUACCUCAGGGGUCAUUCAGACCACUGGAGUCCCCUUUGACCGUGAAGAACAAGAGUUAUACGAGCUGGUGGUGGAAGCCAGCCGAGAGCUGGACCAUCUGCGUGUGGCUAGAGUGGUGGUCAGGGUUAACAUUGAAGACAUCAAUGACAAUUCUCCAGUCUUUGUGGGUCUCCCUUACUAUGCUGCUGUGCAAGUUGAUGCUGAGCCCGGGACUCUAAUUUACCAGGUGACAGCCAUUGACAAAGAUAAAGGUGCAAAUGGAGAAGUGACCUAUGUACUACAGGAUGACUAUGGCCACUUUGAGAUUAACCCUAAUUCAGGGAACGUUAUUUUAAAAGAAGCAUUCAACUCUGACUUGUCCAAUAUUGAGUAUGAAGUCACCAUCCUAGCCAAAGAUGGUGGAAAACCCUCUUUAUCCACCUCUGUAGAACUUCCCAUCACAAUUGUCAACAAAGCAAUGCCCGUGUUUGAUAAGCCCUUUUAUACAGCAUCGGUCAAUGAAGACAUUAGAAUGGAUACCCCCAUUCUAAGCAUCAAUGCCACCAGUCCAGAAGGCCAAGGUAUCAUAUACAUCAUUAUUGAUGGGGAUCUUUAUAAACAGUUUAACAUUGAUUUUGACACUGGGGUCCUGAAAGUGGUUAGCCCUUUGGAUUAUGAAAUCACCUCUGUUUACAAGUUGACAGUAAGAGCCAGUGAUGCUCUUACUGGUGCCAGGGCUGAAGUCACUGUUGACUUACUGGUUAAUGAUGUAAAUGACAACCCCCCUAUUUUCGAUCAACCCACAUACAAUACAACAUUAUCAGAAUCCUCUCUCAUUGGGACACCUGUUUUGCAAGUUGUCUCUACUGAUGCAGACUCAGAUAACAAUAAAUUGGUACAUUACCAGAUCGUCCAGGAUACUUACAACAGCACAGAUUAUUUUCACAUAGACAGCACAAGUGGCUUGAUCCUGACGGCGCGGAUGCUGGACCAUGAGUCAGUGCAACACUGCAUUUUGAAAGUCAGAGCCACAGAUAACGGCUUCCCAUCACUGAGCAGCGAGGUCUUGGUUCAUAUCUAUAUCUCAGACAUAAAUGACAACCCUCCCGUUUUUAAUCAGCUCAUUUAUGAAUCAUAUGUGAGUGAAUUAGCCCCUCGGGGCCAUUUUGUAACCUGCGUUCAAGCCUCUGAUGCAGACAGCUCUGAUUUUGACCGCUUGGAAUAUAGCAUUUUAUCUGGGAAUGACCGGACCAGCUUUCUCAUGGACAGCAAGAGUGGCAUCAUCACCCUGUCCAACCACCGGAAACAGCGGAUGGAGCCCCUGUACAGUCUCAAUGUGUCAGUCUCUGAUGGGUUGUUCACUAGCACUGCACAGGUGCACAUCAGGGUACUCGGGGCUAACCUGUACAGCCCUACCUUUUCCCAAAGCACCUACGUAGCUGAGGUGAGAGAGAAUGCAGCCGCUGGGACAAAGGUCAUUCACGUUCGAGCCACAGAUGGGGAUCCUGGGCCAUAUGGGCAGAUCAGCUAUGCCAUCAUCAAUGACUUUGCCAAGGAUCGAUUCCUCAUAGACAGCAAUGGACAAGUCAUCACAACAGAAAGGCUUGACCGGGAAAACCCUCUGGAGGGAGACAUUAGUAUUUUUUUGAGGGCCCUCGAUGGCGGAGGGAGGACAACCUUUUGCACCGUGAGAGUGAUCGUUGUGGAUGAGAAUGACAACGCUCCCCAGUUCACGACGUUGGAAUACAGAGCCAGUGUCAGGGCAGACGUUGGAAGAGGCCACUUGGUCACUCAAGUUCAAGCCAUGGAUCCAGAUGAUGGAGCAAAUUCAAGGAUUACUUAUUCUCUAUAUAGCGAGGCCUCGGUCUCAGUGGCUGACCUCCUAGAAAUCGAUCCUGACAAUGGCUGGAUGGUCACUAAGGGCAAUUUUAACCAGCUGAAAAGCACAGUGCUGUCAUUCUUUGUCAAAGCAGUAGACGGCGGCAUUCCAGUAAAGCACUCCCUUAUCCCUGUCUAUAUUCAUGUCCUGCCCCCUGAAAUGUCCUUGCCUUCUUUCACCCAGUCUCAGUAUUCUUUCACUGUUUCAGAAGAUACAGCCAUUGGGAGCACGGUGGACACCCUGAGGAUUUUGCCCAGUCAGAAUGUCAGGUUCAGCACAGUUAAUGGGGAACGGCCAGAAAAUAACAAAGGGGGUGUCUUCAUCAUAGAGCAGGAAACAGGCACGAUCAAGGUUGACAAACGCCUCGAUCAUGAAGUCAGCCCAGUAUUCCACUUUAAAGUAGCAGCCACCAUACCCCUGGACAAGGUAGACAUUGUGUUUACUGUGGAUGUAGAUAUCAAGGUACUGGACUUGAAUGACAACAAGCCAGUCUUUGAAACUUCCAGUUACGAGACGAUCAUAAUGGAAGGGAUGCCUGUGGGCACCAGACUCACACAGGUGAGAGCCAUCGACGCGGACUGGGGAGCCAACGGGCAGGUCACUUACUCCCUGCACUCGGAUUCCCAGCCUGAAAAGAUCAUGGAAGCCUUCAACAUUGACAGCAAUACAGGCUGGAUCAGUACCUUAAAGGACCUGGAUCACGAGACAGAUCCCACCUUCACCUUCUCUGUGGUGGCCUCUGACCUCGGAGAGGCCUUCUCUCUUUCGUCCACGGCUUUGGUCUCUGUCAGGGUGACGGAUAUAAAUGACAAUGCUCCAGUCUUUGCCCACGAGGUGUACCGAGGGAAUGUGAAGGAGAGUGACCCUCCUGGUGAGGUGGUAGCCGUCCUCAGCACUUGGGACAGAGACACUUCCGACAUUAAUCGCCAAGUGAGCUACCAUAUUACGGGAGGGAACCCCCGAGGAAGGUUUGCCCUGGGCCUGGUGCAGAGUGAAUGGAAGGUCUAUGUGAAGAGACCUUUAGACAGAGAAGAACAAGACAUUUACUUCCUCAAUAUCACUGCCACCGACGGGCUUUUUGUCACCCAGGCCAUGGUGGAAGUGACCGUCAGUGAUGUGAAUGACAACAGCCCAGUGUGUGAUCAGGUUGCAUAUACAGCAUUAUUUCCUGAAGACAUUCCGUCAAAUAAAAUUAUCCUGAAAGUCAGUGCCAAGGAUGCCGACAUUGGGUCCAAUGGAGAUAUACAAUACUCACUCUAUGGAUCUGGAAAUGAUGAAUUUUUUCUAGAUCCAGAAAGUGGUGAGUUAAAAACCUUGGCUCUCUUGGACCGGGAAAGGGUCCCCAUGUACAGCCUGAUUGCCAGGGCCACUGACGGAGGUGGUAGGUUCUGCCAGUCCGACAUCCACCUGAUCCUGGAGGACGUGAAUGAUAACCCACCUGUGUUUUCUUCCGACCACUACAAUGCCUGUGUCUAUGAGAACACAGCCACCAAGGCUCUGUUGACCAGAGUUCAAGCUAUGGAUCCUGACGUUGGCAUCAACAGGAAGGUGGUGUACUCCCUGGCUGACUCUGCCGACGGGUUCUUCUCCAUCGACAGCUCGUCUGGCAUCAUCAUCCUGGAGCAGCCACUGGACCGAGAGCAGCAGCCUUCCUACAAUAUCAGCGUCCAGGCCACCGACCAGAGCCCCGGCCAGGCUCUGUCCUCUCUUGCCACGGUCACCAUCACCGUCCUGGACAUUAACGACAACCCGCCUGUGUUCGAGAGGAGGGACUACCUGGUCAGCGUGCCUGAGGACACCUCCCCGGGCACCCAAGUGCUUGCUGUUUUUGCCACCAGCAAAGAUAUCGGCACGAAUGCUGAGAUUACAUAUCUCAUCCGGUCUGGGAAUGAGCAAGGGCGAUUUCGAAUCAACCCAAAGACAGGGGGUAUUUCUGUCUCUGAGGUCCUGGACUAUGAAUUAUGCAAAAAGUUUUUCCUGGUGGUGGAAGCCAAAGACGGGGGCACACCAGCUCUCAGUGCAGUGGCCACCGUCAGCAUCAACCUCACGGAUGUGAACGACAACCCUCCCAGGUUCAGCCAGAAUGUUUACAGUGCUGUCAUCAGUGAAGACGCCUUGGUCGGUGACUCUGUCAUUUUGCUAGUAGCAGAAGAUGCGGAUAGCCAGCCCAACGGACAGAUUCGUUUUUCUAUUGUGAACGGAGAUCGGGACAAUGAAUUUGCCGUGGAGCCUGUCUUAGGACUUGUAAAGGUUAAGAAGAAAUUAGACCGGGAACGGGUGUCUGGAUACUCCCUGCUUGUCCAGGCAGUAGACAGCGGCAUUCCUGCAAUGUCAUCCACAGCCACCGUCAACAUUGACAUUUCCGACGUGAACGAUAACAGCCCAGUCUUCACACCUGCUAACUAUACCGCUGUGAUCCAGGAAAAUAAGCCGGUAGGCACCAGCAUCUUGCAGCUGGUGGUGACAGACAGAGACUCCUUUCACAAUGGGCCUCCCUUCUCCUUCUCAAUUUUGUCGGGAAACGAAGAGGAGGAGUUCGUCUUGGACCCGCAUGGGAUCCUGCGGUCCGCCGUGGUCUUCCAGCACACGGGGUCUCCAGAGUACGUGCUGUGUGUCCAGGCAAAAGAUUCGGGCAAACCCCAGCAGGUCUCCCACUCCUACAUCCGCGUGCGGGUCAUCGAGGAAAGUAUCCACAAACCCACGGCCAUCCCGCUGGAGAUUUACAUCAUCACCAUGGAGGACGACUUUCCUGGUGGGGUCAUUGGGAAGAUCCAUGCCACGGACCAAGACAUGUAUGACGUGCUCACGUUUGCCCUGAAAUCGGAGCAGAAGAGCUUGUUCAAAGUGAACAGUCACGACGGGAAGAUCAUCGCCCUGGGGGGCCUGGACAGCGGCAAGUACGUGCUGAACGUGUCCGUGAGCGACGGCCGCUUCCAGGUGCCCAUCGACGUGGUCGUGCACGUGGAGCAGCUGGUGCAUGAGAUGCUGCAGAACACCGUCACCAUCCGCUUUGAGAACGUGUCCCCCGAGGACUUCGUGGGGCUGCACAUGCACGGCUUCCGCCGUACCCUGCGCAACGCCGUCCUCACGCAGAAGCAGGACAGUCUGCGCAUCAUCAGCAUCCAGCCUGUGGCGGGGACCACCCAGCUGGACAUGCUCUUCGCCGUGGAGAUGCACAGCAGUGAGUUCUACAAGCCAGCCUACCUGAUCCAGAAGCUGUCCAACGCCCGUCGGCACCUGGAGAACGUCAUGCGCAUCUCGGCCAUCCUGGAGAAAAACUGCUCGGGGCUGGACUGUCAGGAGCAGCACUGCGAACAGGGCCUGUCCCUGGAUUCCCACGCACUCAUGACCUAUAGCACGGCGCGCAUCAGCUUCGUGUGCCCACGUUUCUAUAGAAAUGUGCGCUGCACCUGUAACGGAGGACUGUGCCCGGGGUCCAACGAUCCUUGCAUGGAGAAGCCAUGUCCGGGGGACAUGCAGUGUGUUGGUUACGAAGCCAGCAGGAGACCGUACCUCUGCCAGUGUCCACCAGGGAAGCUCGGAGAGUGCUCAGGGCACACUUCUCUCAGCUUUGCUGGAAACAGUUACAUCAAAUACCGGCUGUCUGAAAAUAGCAAAGAAGAGGACUUCCGGCUCGCUCUGCGUCUGCGCACCCUGCAAAGCAACGGGAUUAUAAUGUACACCAGAGCAAAUCCCUGCAUAAUUCUGAAGAUCGUGGACGGCAAGCUGUGGUUCCAGCUGGACUGCGGCAAUGGCCCUGGGAUCCUGGGCAUCUCCGGCAGGGCGGUCAAUGAUGGGAGCUGGCACUCCGUCUUCCUGGAGCUCAACCGCAAUUUCACAAGCCUGUCCCUGGACGACAGCUAUGUGGAGCGGCGCAGGGCACCCCUCUACUUCCAGACGCUGAGCACGGAAAGCACCAUCUACUUCGGGGCGCUGGUGCAGGCGGAUAACAUCCGCAGCCUGACGGACGCGCGGGUCACGCAGGUGCUGAGCGGCUUCCAGGGCUGCCUGGACUCGGUGGUGCUGAACAACAACGAGCUUCCGCUACAGAACAAGCGCAGCAGCUUCGCGGAGGUGGUGGGCCUGACCGAGCUGAAGCUGGGCUGCGUGCUCUACCCCGAUGCCUGUGAGCGCAGCCCGUGCCAGCAUGGGGGCAGCUGCGCCGGCCUGCCCUCCGGAGGCUAUCAGUGUACCUGUCUCUCACAGUUCACCGGAAGAAACUGUGAGUCGGAGAUCACAGCUUGCUUCCCAAACCCCUGCCAGAACGGAGGCUCCUGCGACCCCAUAGGGAACACUUUCAUCUGCAAUUGCAAAGCUGGGCUCACUGGAGUCACGUGCGAGGAGGACGUCAACGAGUGCGAGCGGGAGGAGUGUGAGAACGGGGGCUCCUGCGUCAACGUGUUCGGCUCCUUCGUAUGCAACUGCACGCCAGGCUACGUGGGCCAGUACUGCGGGCUGCGGCCCGUGGUCGUGCCCAACAUCCAGGCCGGCCACUCGUACGUGGGCAAGGAGGAGCUCAUCGGCAUCGCCGUGGUCCUCUUCGUCAUCUUCAUCCUGGUCAUCCUCUUCAUCGUCUUCCGCAAGAAGGUCUUCCGCAAGAACUACUCGCGCAACAACAUCACGCUGGUGCAGGACCCCGCCACGGCCGCCCUGCUCAACAAGAGCAACGGCAUCCCGUUCCGGAACCUGCGCGGCAGCGGGGACGGCCGCAACGUCUACCAGGAGGUGGGGCCCCCGCAGGUGCCCGUGCGCCCCAUGGCCUACACGCCGUGCUUCCAGAGCGACUCCAGGAGCAACCUGGAUAAGAUCGUGGACGGGCUGGGGGGCGAGCACCAGGAGAUGACCACGUUCCACCCGGAGUCCCCGCGCAUCCUGACGGCCAGGCGUGGUGUAGUCGUGUGCAGCGUGGCUCCCAACCUGCCUGCUGUGUCGCCCUGCCGCUCGGACUGCGAUUCCAUCCGGAAGAAUGGCUGGGACGCAGGAACCGACAACAAAGGGGUCGAUGAUCCCGGAGAAGUGACCUGCUUCGCAGGCAGCAAUAAAGGCAGCAACUCUGAGGUUCAGUCCCUGAGCUCCUUCCAGUCGGAUUCUGGCGACGACAAUGCGUCCAUUGUGACUGUCAUUCAGCUUGUCAACAAUGUAGUUGACACUAUAGAGAAUGAAGUGUCUAUCAUGGACCAAGGACAGAAGUACAACCGAGCCUAUCACUGGGACACCUCCGACUGGAUGCCCGGGGCCCGCCUGUCGGACAUAGAAGAAGUGCCCAACUAUGAGAACCAGGAGGGAGGGUCGGCCCAGCAAGGCAGCACGCGGGAGCUAGAGAGCGAUUACUACCUGGGCGGCUAUGACAUCGACAGCGAGUACCCUCCCCCGCACGAGGAGGAGUUCCUGAACCAGGACCAGCUGCCCCCGCCCCUGCCUGAGGACUUCGCAGACCAGUAUGAGGCCCUGCCGCCCUCCCAGCCUGUGUCACUGGCCAGCACACUGAGCCCCGACUGCAGGAGGAGGCCCCAGUUCCACCCCAGCCAGUACCUCCCUCCCCACCCAUUCCCGAACGACACGGAUUUGGCGGGCCCACCUGCCGCCUGUGAAUUUAGUACUUUUGCGGUGGGCGUGAACCAGGGCGCGGAGACGGCAGGCCCCGCCGACAGCGCGUCUCUAUCCUUGCACAAUUCCAGAGGCACCUCGUCCUCGGAUGUGUCGGCCGGCUGCGGCUUUGACGACUCCGAAGCCGCCGUGAGUGACUACGAAAGCGUGGGAGAGCUCAGCCUCGCCAGCCUGCACAUUCCCUUCCUCGAGACUCAGCACCAGACCCAAGUGUAGACAGCGUGCCUGCCCAGGGCCCUCGGCGCAGUCCGGGGCCAAACCGCGGGAAGGAGGUGGGGCUCGGGUCUGCACGGCCAGCAGCCGGACGGAAACAGGGACUUGCCCCCGGGGAACUUCUUCACGAGUCCCGUGGUCACGGGCAAGCUCCUGUCCAGCUGGGUGAAAAGAAAAGGCUCCGAGAGUUUCUUAGCGCGGACAGAUAGCCUUGCAGUAGGUACCUGCGUUCACGACCAAGCACGGGCACCGAGUUUCUACAGGGGGAAUAAACCACCUGCUGGGUUAUACAGCCCAUCUCAUAUGGCUUUGUGCAGUAUUGGGACCCGGGAAGGGUUACAGCAGCAGAGCGGGCAGUAUUAGUACUGGCAACGAGCAAAGACGCAUUGCUGCAUGUCAUUUUGAGCCAAUGGGGGGAGGGGAUGAAAACAGUAGUUAUGAUGGUUGGAAAAGUUAGUCUCUUAGGGGAAAGAAAAGAGAAACACAUAUUAUUAAAAAAAAAAAAAAAAAACACAAGAAAAUGGGCUGAAGCCUUUA